CAUGUCAACUCCCGGAUAAGUCACUAUAACAACCCAAAGACAAGCAUGGAUACUGAUCGUCUCCAUUUGGACCUUGACUAUCUUGGCAGCAGCGGUGUGAUACUUAGCACAGAGCAGAAGGCAAGUCUUAAAAACUCUCUCCUUCUUCUCAAGAACCGCGAGAAGUUCCGUCGCGUGGAAUUAUGGGGCAGAAUAGUUGGAAUUCAAGGGGAAUACUUUAUAGCUCAAGGAUUCGGGGUUGAGCAACUUAUGGAAAAGAAAUAUCAUUAUAGCGUGGACUGUCGAAAAUGGGCUCAGUUACCAAAACUUGAUGAUGCUGCUAGAGCACGAGCAUUGAAAGUUGAAGGACGCUUUAUGGGUGACGCAGCCUAUGAAGCAGAGUACAUUGAGCCGCCAGUGAAUAACUCAGAUCCAAACGCAUCUGGACAGACAGUGGUUGUGAAAGAGGAGGAAAGACUGGUGGCCGUUGUGGAGGCUAUAAGUCAUGAUGUUGCCGUAGUGCCUCGUGGGACAUAUGCCAAGGAUCCCGAUGGAAUUGUGAUUCAAAACAGAUCAUUUCGAGGUUUGUCUCUGGCUGCUGCAUCAAAUCUCAGUUCUUAUCUUCACUUCAGAGCAGCAGAAGAGCUUGAGAAAAAGACUAUAAUUCAGAAAGCAAACCUUGAUAAAUCAAUCGACUUUUUAGACUCCAUUGAACAUGAUAUACCAAAAGGUUGUUGGAGUUUGCAAUUGGAGCAGGGUGGUCAGAUAGCCGUGUUGAGAAGCCUCUGGUGGAUAGGCUACGUAUCCUACCAUAUCCCCAAUACAAACAGCUUCGGUUCAUUCUACACUGGAUUUGGCCAGAAGAACCAAGACUUGCCAUUCAUGCUGUAGACUCUGUACGCGAUGGAUGGCCAUUUUGCUUCUAACUGCUUUACAAGAAAACAACAAAUACAGUAAAUAGAAUAAACAUGUAGAGUUUGUUGUCACUAGUAGACAUGUAGUGACAUGUUACAUAUACAGUUGACUAUAAAAGUGUCCUGAUAUGUGUACCAAUUGGUGUACAAAUAUGAUGAUGUAAGCCAUAG